AUGAUGCAGCAACAGCAGCCGAUCAUUGUCCUGAACCAGAAGACGGAGCGCCAGAGUGGGCGCAAGGCGCAGAUGAAUAACAUCGAGGCCGCCAAGGUUGUCGCCAGCCUCAUCAGCAGCACGCUGGGGCCGUGUGCGAUGCUCAAGAUGAUCCUUGACCCGAUGGGCGGCACUGUGCUGACGAACGACGGCAACUGCAUCCUCCGCGAGAUCGAUGUCGUGCACCCGGCGGCGAAGCACAUGCUGGAGCUCGCGCGCGCGCAGGACGAGGAGGUUGGCGACGGCACCACCUCCGUCAUUGUGCUCACGGGUGAGAUCCUGAGCAUGCAGCAGCCGCUGCUGGAGCGCAACAUCCACCCACUGAAGAUAGUCAAGGGGCUCUCCCUCGCUCUGACGGACGCGCUUGCGGCGAUUGAGAAGAUCGCGACCACCAUCGACCCCAGCGACAAGAAGCAGCUGGAGAACGUGGUGCGUGCGUGUCUCGGCACAAAGUACAACUCCCGCGAGGACGAUCUCAUGUGCAAGAUGGCCGUGGAGGCGACGCAGCGGGUGGUGGUAGUGAACGCGACAACAGGGCAGAAGGAGGUGGACAUCAAGCGUUACGCCAAGGUAGAGAAGAUCCCUGGUGGCUCCGUCUCGGAUAGCGUCGUGCUCGAUGGCGUCAUGUUCAACAAGGACCAUAUCCACGCCAAGAUGCGGCGCCACAUCGAGAACCCGCGCAUUCUGCUGCUCGACUGCCCGCUCGAGUACAAGAAGCCGGAGACGACCAUCAACGUCGAGGUGGGGCAGUCAACGGACUGGGAGGCGCUGCUGAAGCAAGAGGAGGACUACGUACGGAUGCUCUGCAACACCAUCAUCUCUUUCAAGCCGGACGUCGUCAUCACGGAGAAGGGCGCCUCCGAUCUUGCAGCGCACUUCCUGUACAAGGCGAACAUCACAUGCAUCCGCCGCCUGCGCAAGACCGACAACAACCGCAUUGCCCGCGCAACGGGAGCGACGAUCGUUAGUCGCGUGGAGGAACUGACGGAGGAUCACAUUGGGCGCGCGGGCCUGAUGGAGAUCAAGAAGAUCGGUGACGAGUACUUCACCUUCAUCACUGGCUGCAGCACCGGCAAGGCGUGUAGCAUAGUGUUGCGUGGCGCCAGCAAAGACACACUCAACGAGAUGGAGCGCAACCUGCACGACGCCAUGUGCGUGGCGCGCAACAUCAUCCUCGAGCCGCGCGUGGUCUACGGCGCCGCCGCGCUGGAGAUGUACGUCUCGUCGUUCCUCAUGCAGCGCUCCAAGAGCAUCACGGGCGUGCAGCAGGCGGCCUACCAGGCCGUUGCCAUGGCGCUUGAGGUGGUGCCGCGCAUCCUCACCAGCAACUGCGGCGCCAACGUCAUCCGAACCGUGACGGAGCUGCGCGCACGCCACGCGAUGCCCGACGGCGAGUUCUGGGGCGUUGACGGCACCACUGGCGAGAUUGUCGACGCGCGUGUGCUGAAUGUCGUGGAGCCGGCGGCGGUGAAGGUGCAGGCGCUGAAGACCGCCAUCGAGGCGGCGUCGAUGAUCCUGCGCGUCGACGACGUCGUGUCGGGGACGAAGCUGCGGCACGAGAAGGAGAAGCCGGCGCCGGCCGCUGCUGCUGCGAACGACGACGACCAGGGCGGCGACGCGGCGGCCGAGUAG